UGGUCUAAACGUAACUCACCAGCAUCUUGACCAGCUUAACAGAAUCGCAUUGAGACAUAAGAUCAUCCAUCAUGACGCAGAAAAGAAUUAUGCUAUAGGUAAUAUAGAAUUAGAAGACUCUGAUCCUGAAGAUAAGCACAACUCAGAGUCAGAAUCAGAGUCUACAGAAAAUGAUGAAAUAUCUGAUAUUAUUAAUAUAUAUAGCUACUAA